UAACCUUCUAUAAACAUGAACAUGCCAAAGCACGCUUAGCGUACUAAAAUUUGGGAGGUUGUUGAAAGUCUCCAUUUUCAGGGCAGAUCUCCCUUCCAACCUUGUGACCCUCUAGUUCAUUUGGAUGGUGGAAGAAGCAUAGCAGUUGUGUCUUAUCGAUGCUUCUGUGUAAAGCAGACAUGUCUGGCGUAACUCACCUUGGAUUACCUGAUUAGUCGGGGUACUGAAAAUGACUCCUUGGCUUCAGAUUUUUGGCAAAGUCUACAGAUCUGUGAGAUGCAAUCUUCUAGGUGUCUGCAUGAUCCGACCGCCCCCUCACCAUACUGCCCCAGAUCUCUGUUAUGACAGACUGACAGACAGUACCGUACACAGUGACUCCUCGGGUAUCACACCCGGCACACGUUAACCCUUACACACAGACUGCGACUGUUCUGUAAAAGAACUGACUGAAAGACACAGGAGAAAUGGAGGAGUCCUGGGUGGAUGGACUGGACGACACUAAAGUAACCCUUGCCCUUAUUGCAGGAUUGCUAGGAUUACUAUACUGGUAUUCUAUAUCGGCUUUCUCCCAGUUGCAGAAAAUGGGGAUAAGACAUCCUAAGCCGACUCCGUUCAUUGGGAAUGUGUUGCUGUUCCGGAAGGGCUUCUGGGAAGGAUCCAGUCAGAUUCUGAAGAAGUACGGACCUAUCUCCGGGUAUUACUUGGGACGACGUCCGAUGGUUCUCUUGUCUGACCCGGAGGCCGUUAAGCAGGUUCUUCAGAAAGACUUUUUGAACUUUACUAACAGGAUGAAGAUGAACCUGGCAACCAAGCCAAUGAGUGACAGUCUCCUUUGCCUCCGCGAUGAGCACUGGAAACGUGUGCGCAGUGUUCUGACCCCGUCUUUCAGUGCAGCGCGUAUGAAAGAGAUGUGCCCCCUCAUAAACCAGGGAUGUGAUGUGCUGCUGAGUAACUUGCAAAAAUUUGCCGUCUCUGGAGAACCAUGUAACAUCCAAAGAUGUUACGCUUGCUUCACGAUGGACAUUGUCGCCAGUGUGGCAUUUGGCACCAAAGUGGAUUCCCAGAAAGAUCCAGAUCACCCACUAGUGCAGAACAGCAAAAAGUUCCUGGAACUGUUCACUCCAUUCAAGCCUGUCGUUCUGCUGACAUUGGCAUUUCCGUCCAUUAUGAUCCCCAUUGCUCGCCGCCUUCCCAAUAAGAAGCGAGACCAGAUAAACAGCUUCUUUGGCAAGGUCAUCAAGGAAAUCAUCGCACUGCGAGACCAGCAGCCGCCAGACAAGAGACGCCGGGAUUUACUGCAGCUCAUGCUGGAUGCCAGGACUUCUGCCGCAAACAUUUCUGUGGAAAAUUUUGAUAUUGUGAACCAGGCAGAUAUGGCAGCACAUGUUAGGGAUGAGCCCAGUAAGAAGACCACCAAGACACUGAAUGAGGAUGAGAUCUUGGGCCAGGCUUUCAUCUUCCUCAUCGCAGGCUAUGAGACCACCAGCAGCCUCCUGUCAUUUACUACCUACCUGUUGGCCACCCACCCCGAGUGUCAGGAGAAGCUUCUAAGAGAAGUGGACAAGUUUGCGGAAAACCAUGACGGUGCAGACUACAACACAGUUCAUGAUCUGCCCUAUAUGGAUAUGGUGAUCUCCGAGUCCCUGCGCAUGUACCCCCCUGCGUUUAGGUUUGCCAGGGAAGCCGCUGCUGAUUGCACAGUGAUGGGGUGCAAAAUACCAUCUGGAACCGUGAUGGAGAUUCCUAUUGGUUGUAUGCAGAAUGAUCCCAAAUACUGGCCGGAGCCAGAGGCCUUCAGACCUGAGAGAUUUACAGCUGAAGAGAAGCAGAAGCGCCACCCCUUUCUCUACCUACCAUUUGGCGCUGGGCCCCGUAGUUGUAUUGGCAUGAGACUUGCCAUCUUGGAAGCCAAGAUCACCUUGUACCGGAUCCUGCAGAAGUUUCGCUUUGAGAUUUGCUCUUCUACUCAGAUCCCUCUCCAGGUCACUGCACUGUCCACCCUGAGGCCUAAGGAUGGUGUUUAUGUCAGAGUUGUAGCUCGCUAGCGCCUUCUGCAGGUGAAACCAUAGACAUGUGCGAGAGCUUCAGGACCUGUGUGCUUACCUACACCCUUGGUCCCCGAGUAACAACAUGCAUAACAAAUCAUUCUCCAAAUAUAGAUUCGUGAAAACCUGAUUAGGAGCUGGAACAUCCCUUCGGCAGUGUUGUGCCGUUUUAAAGCAGGAAAAUAAUGUAGAAUACUCCACCCUCGAAAUGGACAGCUCUAAACCAAUGUGCUUUUAGGGCUCAGUUUGUCUAAGGCAGAUUUCACACAAAUGUGUUUGGUCUAGGAAAAGCGCUCCGUGUGAUGGCCGGCCGCUCCUCUGGUUCGAACUUACAGCAUCAUAAUGAGUUAUGAUGCUGGAGUUUCUGCCUGACUGUGGGUCUAGUGUAUUUUUAUGUACUCACAUAACACAGUACAGCAGACCUGUGGUCGGGCAGGAGCUCACCAGCAUCAUAAGCCAUUAUGAUGUUAGAAAAAAAAAGUCCUACGCAAAGUAUUUUUCUUUCAGUCUAAAAUAACGGAUCUCA